GUCACUGUCAACAGUGUCAGCCGGUCAGCUGCCGAAUUGGUACAAUAAAAUGUUAUUUAGUGUGAAUAAAAAAUCAUUGUUCACAUUGUAUUUCUCGUUUCUUAGGCCUUGUUUAGUAUUUGCUCAAACGAACAUGUCUUCUGGCAUAGUGGAUGCGGAUAAAUACUCAACAGCAUUUGUGACAGUGCCCAACAUGGAGGUGGGCCGAACUAUUGGCCAUGGUCUGGUGGAAAAUAAACUGGCAGCCUGUGUUAACGUUGUACCACAAGUGACGUCUAUAUACAAAUGGGAAGGCAAAAUCAAUGAGGACAGUGAGGUCCUGCUCAUGAUAAAGACAAGAACAUCUCAAGUGGACAAGCUUACAGAGUAUGUUCGAACCAACCAUCCUUACAAAGUUUGUGAGGUGAUCUCACUGCCCAUCAAGAAUGGGAACCCACAGUAUUUGGACUGGAUCGGUGAAACCGUUCCUGAGAAGUAGUCUUGGAUGAGGAAUUGUAGGCUGAUAUUGUAUAAGAUAAAACUUAAAAAAUGGCUGCACUAUGUUAGUAUCCUAUUUUGUCAUUGCUUUAUAAAAUACUUGUCUCUAAGAUAAGGUAAUAGUUUAGAAUUGGUUCCUGAAUCAAUGUAAAUAACUUAUUUCACAAAUUACCCAUAGAACUGUUCCAAUCUACUCAUACUGUACACAUAUAAACAAUUUGUGAAUGUAAUUUACUGAAAAAACCAGCACAUGACAUCUGUGCCUACCUACCUGUAUUCUUCUUACCAUUUUACAAAAUCUAAACUGUUGUAACUGAAAAACAUAGUCAAAAGCUGUUGCAUUUAUAUUUAGUCAAAGAUUAAAAUAUUAAUCAAUUGAAGAACCAACCUCAAAGUAUGGUAUUUACGAAAUUAGUUUAUCAGUGUUUAUUUACAGCACACAAAAUUACUGUAAAACAAAUCAUAUUAUUGAAAUGUAUAGUACUUUAAGGAAAAAAAUACUGCAUUUAUUGAUGUUCCUUCUAUUGAUACCUAGUGUAGACCCAAGAGCCCAUUGUUAAACUUAGUUUUUGAUCUACAGAAUUUGAGAUUUUGAUAGCAUGUACAAGCAGAAGUUCAAAUUACAUUUUACCUGAAAAAUGAUUAGUGAAGCUAUUGUAAUUUUCUGAUUUUCUAAUUACCUCUGUAGUUGUAAUAAUAAUCAGCUGUUACAGUAAGAAGUCGUUUUGAUUUUGUUAGUGGGCUUUCAUUUCUGAAUGUACUGCAAACCACUCACUAUAUCAAUAUUAAUGCCAUUUAAAAUUACUUUCUUAUUAUGAAAUGAACUUGUUCACAGAUUUUAAUAAUAAACAGAGACAGUCAACAUGCAGUAUCUAUGUCAUUUGUAUCGUAUUUAUUGUAUAGAUAGGUAUAGAUUUAAUAAAGUGUCUCUCAAUAAUAUAAUAUAAUAAAA